GGUCAAGUUUUAUUUCGCUCUGUGAUUUUUAGACAUUUCCAAGUAGAAAUUUCUAAAAUUUCUGCUCAAAUUGGCGUGCAUUUGAUACAAUUAUUUGUUUCUUCAAGUUGCAAGCACACAAAUCCAACAGGAGUUGCAUAUUAACAGCAGUUGCAACUCGGAUUUGAACUUGUUUAUAAUUACCGUAAACAAGAAGAAACACUAGUGUAACAGUUUUUAACAACAUCCCCUCCACAUUGAAAGACACGAAGCAACAAGCAGCAACAUGGGAAAUGUAUUUGCGAAUCUAUUCAAAGGCCUCUUCGGCAAAAAGGAAAUGAGAAUAUUGAUGGUCGGUUUGGAUGCCGCUGGUAAAACCACAAUUCUGUACAAACUCAAAUUAGGCGAAAUUGUUACAACGAUACCUACUAUUGGUUUCAAUGUGGAGACUGUAGAAUACAAGAAUAUUAGCUUUACAGUGUGGGAUGUGGGCGGCCAAGACAAAAUUCGUCCAUUGUGGAGGCAUUACUUCCAGAAUACACAAGGUCUUAUCUUCGUCGUUGAUAGCAACGACAGAGAGCGUAUCGGUGAGGCGAGAGAGGAAUUGAUGCGUAUGCUGGCCGAGGACGAGCUCAGAGAUGCAGUCCUACUAAUAUUCGCCAACAAACAGGAUCUGCCAAAUGCAAUGAAUGCGGCCGAAAUCACCGACAAGUUGGGCUUGCACUCACUCAGAAACCGCAACUGGUAUAUACAGGCGACGUGUGCAACCAGCGGCGACGGUCUCUAUGAGGGUCUUGAUUGGUUGUCCAAUCAGCUAAAGAACGCUAAUCGCUAAAUCAACUAGAGCAACAGCAGCAGCAGCAGCAACCACAACAACAAAAUAAUUAUACACUAACAUUGAUUUUAAAAGC